GAGUGUUCUCCUCUGGUUACACCCUUUUUUAUCAGUCAAGUGAACGGAGACCCAACUCCUCAUUUCAUCAUGGCUUUCUCUGGGAAGUAUGAGCUGGAGAGUCAGGAGAACUACGAACAGUUUCUGGAAGCCACAGGGCUGAGCGACGCCAAAACGGAUUGCAAAGUGAUCACAGAGGUGGUUCAAGAUGGCAAUGUCUUCUCCUGGACUCAAAGUAUUCCCACAUGGUCCUGGACAAAUAACUUCACUGUGGGUCAGGAGUGCGAGCUGGUGACAAUGACAGGCACCAAAUUCACAGCUCCGGUCAACAUGGAGGAAGGAAAGCUGUCCAUACAGUUCCCUGACUACCACCUGACAGCUUACAUCGAGAAAGGCAAGCUAGUCAUGACUUGCGUAACCAGAGAGAAGGGCGUGACUUUCACCCGAGUCAGCAGACCGAUCUGACGCUGCGAGACUGUACACGUUUCAAGGAUGGAAAAAUGAGCUGCUCACGAUUUUUGGCUGAUGCCAGACAGACAGUAAGAAGUGAAACCAACAACUUCCCAAUAUGUCAAAACCCUUUGGCCUUUGACCACAGGAGCUUUUGGUGCCAUGUUUUUAAAAAAUAAAACUCAGGUUUCUCAA